AGCAUUUGUGUUUAUGCAGAUCAGUCUGACAGACAGAACUGGUAUGCUUGAGUAAGAGAUCAAAAUUCUGGACCUGGAGAUGGCUAUUUCCAGCUUUGAUAUCAUAGUUUUUUUCUUGGAUGCUGUACGGGGAAGUAGCAAAUUUAUCGAUGCAGUUGCGCGUGGAAACAAAAGUCACCGCGUACGCUGGCGUCAACGCGAUCGCAUCUUGGGAGAUUGGAAGCUUUUGAGGUUAAUUUCGGAAGCAAUUCACAAGCUGAUGAGAGAUGAAGAUGCAGAGCGCGUGCUGCUUAAUAUGGGAGUCAAGAUUGAAGCUGCAGCGGAGGAGAUUGGUUGGCAUGUUGUAAUUAUAAACAAGAACACCACCCAGAUGAAGCUUUCCCCGGUAAAUGGCAAAACUCUCUAUGAUUAUUACAGUAAAUCCAUCAAAUGGAUGGAAGAGAUUGGAGAAGAUGUUGAACACCUUUUGGAUUUAUCCGGGUGGUCGUCGUGUCGACUGCAAUCACCAUCUGAUGUUUCUUUUUGGCUACAAUUUGUAACAACUCUGGCCGAUAUUGUGGACGAUACAAAAUGGAGCGAGCCAAUCGGUGCCUGGCGCAAAGAGCUAAGAUUGUUCGGGGAAUACAUGGAAGGUGUAUCCAGGAAUCUCGACUUCCCAGCAGCAGCUGCUGCAGGUGGUGAUGAUGUAAAUGCUAUCAAUGAUUUCGUGACUCGUGUUGCAUCUGUGAUGGUGCGCAUUGCAAUCCACAGUCUUAAGUACCGGAUUCACUGCGGGAAAACCGAAGGCAAAACCAAAACGGUAGAAAUGAUUAAGCUAACUAAAUCUGUAGUGGAUUUGCAACAUGAGAUUCAUCCUACUAAUCCCAAAUUCAUGGAGUUCCAUUUUCAUUUCCUUGUGGCUCUCCAUAAAAUUGGAGGAGUUAAGCCCGAUUUUUCCUCUCAUUAUAGCAAUUAUGUUGCCACUGAAGUGAGGAUCAGAGAUACUCGAGAGAUCUGUUCUCGAGAGAUCUAUGGGCUGUUAAAGCUUUUAGCCUUCACCAAACUGAAGCAACAGGAGGAGGGGGAGGAAGAGGAUCAGACUAUACAAAUUUUCCUUGCAGAAAUUCAUACGGUGCUCAUAGAGCUGGAAUUCCUCUUACAGACGGAACGAAAGGGCGAGCAACAUAUCCAUGGCCAUUCUGAGCUACGUAUAAAUGUUUUUCUUCUUCAGACGGAGCUUUUCCUCAAGGGAAUGCUUUUCUGUAACAAUCAAGGGAGCACUUUCCGAACUAAAGAUCUGCUCAAUCAUGUUAAAGGUGAUGUCCAAUGGAUGCCUAAAAAAUUGAUACGUUUUCUGGAAAAUCUUACGCAUUGGGAGGCAGAAUAUGGGAAUAAGGCAUUGGCUCUCAUUAAACAAGUGGACUACAAGGUAGCAUCUCUCCAUCAGUUGUUUGAGGCCAAGAAGAUCACAGAAUCCACGGUGAGAAACUCAAUUCUCCUAUUGCUUCUUAACAUUGUUGUUUUCAAAGCAGAAGCAUUAUUUGAGAAGUUACAACUGGAGAGGAGUAGUGCUGCAAAUUCCGAGGCUUAUCGAAAAGAUCAAAUUGCACUUCUUGUGCUCCUUAAUCUUUUCACACUUCUCUGCAACCAGCUAAAGGAGGAGACAAAGGACAUGGACACGAUCUUCCCACAAACUGAAACUUCUGAUGCAGGGAUGGCAGGACCCAUCCACAAUAUCAUCAUCUCAUCUUCUAGACUGCAAGAUAAGCUGAAUCCUAUCAAGUCUACGCUCAGAGUGGUUAGUCCCCCAUUUCCAUUGUCUGAUUUUCCAAAGACUUACAAGCCAGGGUUCGUUGAAUUUCUCAUCGGAAGCCUGGAGGAACUGCUGAACUAUGAUCCUGCGUCAAUUGAACCAGUCAGGAAUUACAUAAAAGAAAUUCAUCUACAUUUCAAGUCUUUGGGUUCUUUUCUCAUGAAAGUCUCAGAGUCGGAUAUUGAUAACAAUCCAGAAGUGAAAGUUCUUGGUGGUCAUGUUGCCAAUAUUGCUUACAAAAUUGAGUUUGUCAUUGACUCAAUUGAGGUCGAUCCUCAAUGGCAAGGUUUCUUUUUGGUUUAUGAUCUACUAGAGGAGUUAAGAAUUGUUAAUAAGCGAGCCUCUAGAAUUCAGUUGACGACCCCUCAAGCCAAAGUCCUAGAUAACAAACACGUCAUCCAGGUUCCACCCAACGUGAUAUCACGGGAUGCUACACCAGCAAUCAAUGGAAUGGUGGUGGAUCCCAGAGAUGAAGAACAAUCUAUAACUGAUCAACUUGUCAAGGGAUCCUCAAAGUUUGGUAUUGUUUCUCUUGUGGGAAUGCCCGGUAUUGGCAAGACAACAAUGGCUUGGAAACUGUUUAACUGCCAAAAGGUUUUGUCUCACUUUCAUUGUCGUGCAUGGUGUACUGUUUCACAAGGAUAUGACAAAAGAGACCUGCUGCUGGAGAUUUUACGUGGCAUUCUCGGGCUUACGGAUGAAAUUCGUCAAAUGACUAACGAAGAUCUCCAAUUAAAAUUGCGUCAGUGCUUACUGAGAAACAGGUUUCUCAUUGUUAUGGAUGACGUGUGGGAUGCUGGAGUUUGGAAUGAGUUAAGAAAUGCAUUCCCAGAUGAUGCCAAUGGAAGCAGAAUUUUGAUUACCAGCCGCCUUCGUGAUGUGGCCUUGCAAAUUGAACCAGAUAGUGAUCCUCAUUCUCUACGCUUAUUUUCUGAUGAUGAAAGCUGGAACUUAUUAGUAGAGAAAGUAUUCCAUGGUGAAGGUUGUCCCGAAGAAUUGUUGCUUGUUGGAAAGGAAAUUGCCAAAAAGUGUAAAGGAUUGCCUCUUGCUGUUGUUGCAAUAUCUGGUCUCCUCCAAAAGAUAGAAAAGAGCAGAGCAUCAUGGGGGAAAAUUGCAAAAGGCUUGAUUGCUGAAGUUAUGGAAGAUCCAAAAGCUCGGUGCAUGGAAAUCUUUGAAUUGAGUUACAAACACUUGCCGGGAUAUCUAAAACCGUGCUUUCUUUAUUUGGGAGUUUUCCUUGAAGACAAGGAUAUUCCUGUUAGCAAGUUGAUACGGUUUUGGCUUGCUGAAGGUUUCAUUCAUGACUCUGAGUUGAAGAGCUUAGAAGGUAUUGCCGAGGGUUACUUGAUGGAGUUGAUUAGCAGAAGCCUGGUGGAAGUCUCCAAAAGAAGAUCCAACGGAAUGGUCAAAUCAUGUCGCUUGCAUGAUCUGUUGCGUGAUUUUUGUCAGUUAAAAGCCAGAGCAGAGAACUUCUUCCGGCUAGUAACCAGGUUUGAUGAGCCAUAUGUAUCUUUUCCUAGUUCAGAUUUUGGUUUUGAAAUUGGCCAUCAUUCUGAUCCUGUCACAUAUGAAGCCUACCGAUUGUGCUUUUUUUUGAAGCGACUCCAUUUUUUUAAAUCAAGACCUUUUGGCCUGGGUACUCGUUCUUUGAUAUUCUUUCCUUCAGCUGAUUCAGAGCCCAGAUGUCCUUAUGACAUCUCAUUCAUUUGGCACAACUUCAAACUUCUGCGGGUGUUAGAUUUUGAAUGCAUCAACCUGGGUGUCACCUUCCCUGCUGACAUUACAUGCCUGGUUCAUUUGAGGUAUUUGGCAAUCACUGGUUAUAUGCAAACUAUUCCACAAUCCAUAGGCAAUCUCCGAAAACUAGAAACUUUUGUUUUGAAGGGAUUACGUGGUCAGGUUGUCUUACCAGAUACUAUUUGGCACAUGACAAGGUUGAGGCAUCUUCAUGUGAAUAUGCAUGUUGCUUUCACAUUGGAUGAUGAAGGGCUUGAAGUCUGCUGUAAGUUGGGUGAUUUGGUCAGCCUUUCCUGUCUCUCUCUCUCUUGUGGUGAAGAUACAGAAUCAAUAAUAAAGAGGUUGCCAAAUCUCCAGAAACUGAGAUGCAUAUUCUUUCAUCCACAGGGUUCUUCGAAGAAUUCCUAUCAGUUUCCAGGAUUAGAUUUUCUAACUCAUUUGGUGUCACUCAAUGUAUCUUACUAUGGAAGCGCUAUUACCAGGGAAUUCAUUCUCCCUUCCAAUCUGAGGAAAUUGACUCUUUCAAAGUUUCGUCUACCAUGGAGUCAUAUCUCAACAAUUGGGAGACUACCCAACCUGGAAGUUCUCAAAUUACUUCUUGAUGCCUUUGAGGGGCUGACAUGGGACAUGGAGGAAGAUCAGUUCAAGGAACUCAAAUUCUUGAAGUUAGACAAUCUGAACGUUUCUCAAUGGAAUGCUACUUGUGAUCACCUUCCCAAACUUGAACGGCUUGUCUUGCAAAAUUGCAAAGACCUCAAGGAAAUCCCGUAUGAUUUUGCAGACAUAGGCACACUGGAAUUGAUUGAAGUGCACUGGUGCAGACAAUCUGCGGAAGAGUCUGCAAAAAGAAUCAGGGAAGCAACUGGGGACAUCAAAGUGCUUAUUAGUAGUUCAUAUUUGAGAUGAUAAGAGUAUGAUUGUGGAUUCUGUUGUAUUACUCCCCGAACUUGUAAGAUAAACAAAUUUCAGUAACUUAUUCUUCUCUCGAUUCAUUUGUGAGAUGAUGUGUUUCUUAAUUCAACCUCCAUGCAAUGGAAUGUUUUGCUCAAUCUGGAUACUCAACUAUCAAUUACUGCUUGAUAUCUUUGGAAACGUGAAUUCAAUUUGCUUAA